CGCGGGAAUCUUUAGCGAAAAGUCUAAAACGUACAAUUAAGUUGUGUACCUGUGCCAUAUUACUUAUAGAAUGGAUCAAGUUUGGAGAUUAAACAACAAUAACAACUCUUAUGUAGAAGAAGAAGACCCCCACAAUUCAAAUGUAGGCUCUUACGGCAGCUUAAGGCAGACUGAAUCGUUAGAUGUUUCGUUAUUUGAUUCCCCCGAAACGGAAGACGGCCGUAGUGAAAUACGUUCGACCGAUUCGGCCUACGGAACUAGCGAGGAACUACCUGCAAGAGAAUGUACGUUUGACAUACAAGUCGAUAGCUCCCCAUGGCCAAAUUUAGACAAUUCGUUUGAUCAAGAAACGUUCAACUUAUGCCUCAAUGAACUAUCACCGACGGUCGUGAAGUUGCCGAUGGAUUUUAAUGAGUUGUUAACGAGCAGUGUAGAUUCAAAAGCUUUAACUCCGACCCACUCUGAUGUAGCGGUAACGCCCACCAGUAAGCAGUACGUGAAAUUGAAGCAGUCGAAGCGGCCACGUUCCGACAACAAUGCGGAAAUUGAGAAAAAUCCGAAGGUUAGAAACGUCACACCUUCUAAUCCUGAAGACAUCAAGAGUGCCUUACUGCGGUCGGUCACAGACGCAAAUUUGAUUGGAGACUUCAGUAAAUCACACUACCUGCCCCUUAUCUCCGGACAGCAUCCUGAUCUCAAAACUAUAUCGGUAACAACCAUGUCACAACUACUUAAGGGUGACUUUUCUCAUGAUCUCACUUUUACAAUUAUCGACUGUCGUUAUCCCUACGAAUUUACGGGGGGUCACAUUAGUGGUGCUAUCAAUUUAUACACGCAAACUAUGAUUAUUGAAAACCUAUUAAAUAAGACUGUCAUAGAUAAAGAUAAACGAUACGUUCUAAUAUUUCAUUGCGAAUUCUCUAGCUCACGUGCACCAUCAAUGUGCCGCUUUUUGCGCAAUUUUGAUAGAAAACUAAACGAAGAAUCCUAUCCAAAUUUGUCCUACCCAGAAAUGUACCUUUUGGAGGGCGGUUACAAAAAUUUUUACACAAAUUGCUCCAAAUUAUGCGUGCCCGAAGCUUACGUUCCUAUGGAUCAUCCUGAACAUAUCCAAGCUCUUAGUUAUUUUCGUGAACAAACCAAAAUUAAAUUUCAGCCUAAAAUUUAAUUAGCACGAUUUAGUGGUUGAAAAGCUGCACGUGUGAUAAAACAGUUAUAAAACUGUUUGAUAAGUGCAGAAUGGCAUGUGUUUUGAAAAAUAUAUGCUCUCAAUUGCUAAGUCUGGCAGUUGUGUUGUAUCAAUUACUUUGCCAUACUAAAUCGCCCACUUCCAUCAUUUGGAUGGAGCAAAUUUUUCUUUUUAAAGAGGCAAACGUUUAUUUAGAUUAAGUAAUUGUAAGAGAAGAGUGCAAUCAUUGUAGCAUGUAUGGAGCAACAAAAAUUUGGUCAGUUACGUAUUUGCUUUUGUAAUAUUAGAAAGUUAAGUAGGUUUGGAUCGCGUGCAAUGGUUGUAAUGUAUUUAUUCGAGACUAUAUCGAAUGGAUGUUAUAAUCCAAAACUUUUACAUUCAUUACAAUGUAUGAUUAUACAUUUAUCUAUUUUUCAGUCAAUUGGCUGUGCUAUUUUAUCAGUAUUACAAAUUAUAGGGACACGAGUUGCAAUUUAUUUAAUGUGCUUUGUUCCAUAAUACUGUAGUAUUAAGUUCCUUUUAUAAAUUUCAGACUGAAUAUACUUAG